CGUCCCGAGAAGAUCGAAAUAAAAGACGGACAACGGAAUUUGUCAAACUAUUCACGGACGGUUUACUUUUCAUAUAAAAAAAUACGACAUAGACUAUGCCCGCUUAACUUCUCUCAGUAUUAUUGCGGUGUUUUAGAAGGAAAACAGCUGCGAAUAAAUUACCAUCGAAGAAGAGAGACUGGCUAGCAGUUUUCGCCUAGUCGUCAUGCAGAACGCAACGGUAACGUUGCUUUUGGACAAAUCACUACAGUUAAAAGCCGUUUAUGCUCCUUUUUUAUUGGCUGUUGAACCUCUCUCAAAUAUACUUUGUGCUGUUGUGUUUUUUAGAUACGCUCCUGCAACGUCAACAAAUGUUUAUAUGUCUGCAUUAUCUUUGGCGGAUUUUACUUUUGCUACAACUGGAUUGAUAUGGCAUAUGAGGACGGGACAAACAAGAGAUGAAACUGAUUUAAGAGUGACUUUAGGUUGCGCAAUACCAACCUUUCUUCAUAUUCCUCCAGGGCAAGUAUCAGAAUGGAUGGUUCUAGCUGUGACUAUUGAUAGAGCUCUAGCAAUCUAUGCUCCAAUCAAGUCGAAAAGUGUUCGAACGACCAAGGUCGCCAAGUAUGUUGUUUGCGGAGUUGUAGUUUUAGCCAUGCUGUGGGGGAUACCGUUAUUAUUGCUCAUCCCUGGUGAUGAAUCGGACCCAAAUAGAUUUCACCGAUGUAAAGGAAGGAAUCAGUACUUGACGGAAUACGCUUGGAAUAUAUACCCAUGGUAUGAUCUGGCUAUGUACGCUUGUAUUCCAAGUGUUGUAGUAUGCAUUUGUACGACAAUGAUAUUGUGCAAACUAAUAAAGGAAAAGCGUUAUUUUCGGUACCGACGUGGUGCCAAAUCGACGCUGGCCAAAUUAUCACAAGGGACAACCAUAAUGCUAAUUAGCGUCGCUACGCUAUGUCUAAUUUGCACGCUUCCCGUUUGCAUACUCGUUAUCACCCUAUCAAUACCGUCCGUUGCUGAGGAUACAGAGACUUUCGCAAAAGUGAAUUUAGCGAUGACUGUUGCUGAAAUGUUUAUGUUUCUUAAUCAUUCCGUUAAUCUGUACGUAUGUCUGGCGUCUAACGCCCACUUUCGUCAGUAUGUUAGAAAGGCGUUACGAAUGAAGUCCGCCCCCGCCGAUGGUGCUGGUAGACAGACUGUAGCGUUAAUGAAGAAACGGACUUCAGUUAAUUUUAGUCGUUCGACAACAUUACAAAAGUUCUAGGAAGACUUUCUAGUGACGCUCUCUCACACAAGAAUAACGAAAUAUCUAUCACUCUGAUAUAUAAGUAUAUGUGUCAUAUAUACAGUACAUAUAUAUAUAUAUAUAUAUAUAU